AUGAUCCAUGGCUCCAGGCUCCACCAAGUGCUAAGAAUAUUGGCUUUAAGGAUCGGAGUAGAUGACCAUGAGGGUGCAUGUAAAAGAUUGGACACAGAGAGUUCCAGUAAAGGGCUUUGGAUGGAAUCAAUGGUUCUGGUCCUUUCAUUUCCCAGGUCAAUCCAACCAUACAAUACGAGUGACAGAGAGAGAAGAAAUUGGAGAAACAAUCAGAAUUCAAGUACCAAAAUUAAAGAUGAUAACAAACCCAGAAUUGCUGUUGGGUGA